UUAUUAUUUUUGUCUGUCUGUCUGUCUGUUUUUAAUUUUUGUCUGUCUGAGUUCAAUCCAUCAUCAAAAUUGUUUUCGUUCAAAUUUAGGCAACCCAGACAAAACAAAAAUACCCAAUCUGUUGAACGGCAACUUAAGCAUUUACAACCACAACCACAAUAGUAAAUACCUACAACCACACAGACCAUCACCAUACAAUGAAGAUCUAUUACAUUGGGGUUUUAAGAACCACAUCAGAUAAGUCCUUGGAAUUAACUUCCGCCAGAGAUUUAAGUCAAUUUUCAUUCUUUGAAAGGACAGGAGUAUCCCAGUUUAUGACUUUCUUUUCAGAAACGGUUUCUCAAAGAACUCAAGCUGGUCAAAGACAAAGUGUUGAAGAAGGUAAUUACGUGGGUCAUAGUUAUGUUAGACUGGAAGGGUUAGCUUGUGUCAUCAUUACUGAUAAAGAAUAUCCUGUUAGACCUGCUUAUACCUUAAUUAAUAAAGUUUUAGAAGAAUAUUUAUCAUUACAUCCAUCUCAAGAAUGGUCAAAUAUAAUUAGUACCAAUCCAAAUUUGACUUAUGAUGCAUUAGAACAAUAUUUAAAGAAAUAUCAAGAUCCAACUCAAGCUGAUGCUAUAAUGAGAGUUCAAGCUGAAUUAGAUGAAACUAAAAUUGUAUUACAUAAAACCAUUGAAGGUGUUUUACAAAGAGGUGAGAAAUUAGAUUCAUUAGUUGAUAAAUCAGAAGCAUUAUCUUCAAGUUCAAGAAUGUUUUAUAAACAAGCCAAGAAGACUAACUCUUGUUGUGUUAUCAUGUAGAUAAAUGAGUUCUCAUUAACGACCGCUAAAGUCUUUUCCAUCGUCAUUCCUUCAUCACUUCAUUCAUUCAUUCAUAUUAUUUCUUUUCUCAUGAUUUUUAUUAGGGGUAAUAUAUUAUACUUAUUACAUUAGGUGUAUAUUCAGCAGAU